AAAAUACAUAGGUAACUAACUAGUAACUGGUGGGGCUAGCGCUAGAUAACAAUUUGAUCUCCUUAUCUCUUGUGUUCAUGGUUAUCACGACUGCUCUAUAACUUAACUUAAAUUUAAUAUCGUAAUUCGUAGGCCGUAGUUUCCUUCAUCUUAGGACAUCAUAUUAUAAUAAUAUGCUUGUAUAGUAUUUUAUUAUUAAUAAAUUAAUUAGUAAUAUUUAGUAUUUUUGUAUAGUUUUCUUGCGUUUCACACCGAACGUGUUGAUAGCCGCAGUGAUGUUAAAAUUGUUUUCAUCAGUUGCCAUGCACUCACAAAGUGUAUUGGUCGGAAUAAGAAAUUUUUCAACAUCCGGAGGACCAUUACUAUUUCGUUCAUCUGUACCAAUGUUUGCUGAGCCAUUGAAAAAAAAGAAACGUUUGGAUCCACAGAUAUUAAAAGCUCGAGAGGAUAGAAAACGUAAAAAGAUAGAAAAAUCAAUUAGAAAAUUGGAAAAGGUAUCCAAAACAUUAAAACCUAUUGAUGAGGUACAAUUAAUGGCUACAUUAUCCAAUGAACGCGAUAUUCGUCAGAGACCAACUAUAGUCCAUAGUAAUGAUAAGCUUGAGGAAAACUUAGUUGUAGCGAAGGCCUGGUCAAUGUAUAAACAUGAUGAACACUUUUUUAAUCUUCAAGUUAUCAAUGACCUAGAGUAUUCGCAGCAACGAGCGUUGAAUGAGUUACGUGAAGUUUCUGAAGAUUUGUAUCUUGCAGCUGUUGAUAUUGAUGAAUCCUUAUUGACAUGUCAACUAACUGGACCAGUCGAAACUCCUCCAAUAGAAAACUACCAAAGUCCUGACGGAGAAUAUAUUGAUAUUUCAAAAAAAUGGGACUAACUUUAAUGUAGCUUAAUUUUAAAAGUAUGCAUGAAAGGUUUGAAUAAAUGAUUAGAUUUUGUAAUAAUUGAGAUGUAUUUUUUUUUUUUUUAUUAAAAUUUUCUUAUAAAUCAUAAUAUAAACAUAUUUAUAUUCAAUUUAUUACAACAAAUAUAAUAAAUAAAUUCUGAAAUGCAAUAUAGUUAUAUAAUCAAAAUAUAAUUUUCAUUGUCUAAAUGUUUUGUAAUUAUUAAUUUUAUUUUAAAAAUAAAAUGUAUUGUAAAUCUA